AUGACAGGCACAGCCGCAGAAGCAGCCAUCUAUAUGGAUCACCACCUCGGGGAUAAAGUGCGCCUCACCCUUGAGAACUGCCUUAAAGACAAGCCAUGCGACCCUAUUAGAUUUUUCGCGCACUCUCUUCGGCAACUAGCUCUACAGGAUCCCACCAGCAACCAGGAGCCGGUUCGCGGUGGUGCACAAGGUGAGCAGCUGCAAGCCGAACCUCUCAAACACCUUCAGUUGACACCCCCACCUUCAGUCCGUCUCGAGAACGGCAUCAAGUAUGAACUGCGUCCACUGGCACACGACUUCCGCCGCGCCUCGGGCAUGCCGCCGGCGGCAGAAGCUACAGCGCAGGCUUCCGUUUUUCCAGCCGUACAGUAUCGAGAGGCAAUUUCGUCCUAUGAGGUCGCUUCGUGUCUGCGGCAGCUUCACAUGAUAAAUCCAGUGGCGCCACUACUGCUUUUCAUCGAGUGCCCUGCUCCGACCGCCAGUGCGUUUUUCUACCAAGGUGUCGCGUACCGCUGCGGGAGCGCUACCGGGAAGCUUGCCAACCAGACGACGCCCCCGUUCAUUACAACGUUGCAGGACGCUCUGGGAGCUGAGAAAGUAAGUGACUUCGACACAGAGAUUCGUGCAGCAGCCGCUGAGGCGGCGGCUGCGGUACAAGUAAACUUCCUCCCCUCCCUUCAAGGAGACUACCUCUCCACCUUCGACACGCUCGAUGGCGCGCUGAAAAGGGCGACGCAGGCGACAGUCGCCUCCACAGCCGACAGCCCCACAAAUCCGCCUCGUUGGACGCUUCCAUCCGUUCUUUUUGUGUCCUACAAACCGGAGUCAGCGCACCUUACAUACGCACGAUUGCUCGCCAGCUACGGUCCUCUCCACGAAGCCGCGCAGCGAGCAUCCUUGCAGGCUUACCGCGCCGCACAGCUGAGGCGGAAACGGACGUACACUUUCGGGUACGCGAGGGAAUACUGGGCUAAGGUGCAGCAACAGCGCCAUGCAUCCCCCGGUGCACCGCGCACGGUGAACGCAGUGGCUAAGUGUUCCUCCUCAGUCGACUCCAAGACACGCUCUAACCAGCCUACCGGGCCUCUCUCUCUCGGCGACAGUGCGAUGCCUACCACCGCCGCGGAAAAUUCUCCUGCUGCAAAGCCUGUCAAGCGGGGAUUAUUAACCUACAGUGCAGCGCAGCAGGCGGAGGAUGACGUGUUCCUCGUCGUUGUGCGCCGUCUCGAGCAUGCGGCCGCAACACUCAUUCAGUCCAUCUAUCGCGGGUACCGCCGUCGCCGCAGCUACAUGAAGGCGCGCGAGGCACUUCAUAGCUCUUCUAGUGCAGUCGGCACCAACUCACCUCUCAAAACAAGCCGGAAGGGUGCCAGGAUGGCACAGCCACCCGAGGAUCCCAUCCUGCCGCCCCUCUUGCGUGCCUGCCUCGAGCGCCUUUUCCGCGAAGGUGACGCCUUCGGCUCUCUUUGGGGUGACUAUGCCACCUCCCCCGCUCCGGAGAGCCGCCGCUGCUGGAUCUACCGGCCAGUGCAACAUCGCGAAGGCGGCGGUGACACGGAGCAGUCGGGCAACGGCUGCGCCACGGGCGAGCACGUCAGGGAAGGCUGGGUGCAGGAGGAAUUGCUGCUCCCGCCGUUGAGGGCGACGCAGCCGCGCCUGCAUUUGAAUUUGUUUCGGCGCUUGAAAGACUAUCUAGCCCUCGCGCAGUGCGCCUCGCUUGACGAAAAUGUGCAGCUGCUCAUGGACAGCCCUGGCAUGUCCGUGUUGCAGCGUCGAGCCUAUGAUGGAAUCAAGUCAGUGUGCCUCAAUCUGUUUCACGUGGCUUACGCAGAGCUGCGGCAACGUCACCCGAAAGGGAUACCGACGUCGUUCUCUGCCUACAUGCGCCAGAUGCACGGCCCCGUGCUUGGGUGGCUCUCCACCCCGCACAAGUGCUCCCUGAUUCUUCGGACGGUGCAAACGACGGCCACCAAUGCAGUCCAGGAUGCACAGCAGGACAGCAUCCGUCGCCGAGGAGUGAGCAGCAGCCACAGCGCGACAGAGAGGUCGAUGAGCUGUGUUGUGCGCGACCAACUCGCUGCAAACGAAGCCUUUCUGAUUGCACCGCACUCUCUGUCAGCGAGUGGCGCUGCCUUGCCUGCGGCAAAGCUGGCGGUGCCGACGGUAUUGGGCGUUGCGCCUCAACUCUACAUUUCACAGCAGCCGCUACUCCCCAGGAAAGAGUGGGUGCAGGAGGUGACGCUGAUGUUGCAAAGCGCGCGCGACCGCACCGCUGACGCCCCCUCACCAUUUGUUGAGUGGAUGACCACAGCCAGUUUUCCGCUUUGCUGUGUUGACGGUACACCGGUGGGCGCGGUCCCGCGCCUUGAUACGCAGCAGGUCGAGGGUGUUCCGCCUUACGACUCCUUUGUACCUCGCCUUGGUGGUGACACACUACAGCUGGCUGACAUGCGCGCUGCAGAAGGUGCCACAGCCGGCGACAGCGUGACGUCGGCCUCGCUGGCUGUGCAAGCGGCCGCAGCGGUGCAGGAGUGGAUGCAGGGUGACCUUGCCCGCGCCGCAGACGCCGGCCUGAAACACCACAUUCAGGAAAGCCUCUCCACAGUGAGUGGCAUGUUGUACUACAGGACACGAGUGCGCAAGGGCGGCACAGCCACCGACGCCUUCACAACAGUCCCGUCAUCGGCCACCUUGGUAAGGGAGGUGCUGCGCCAAACUCACAGGGACAGUGCUGUUGAUCCGUGCGAAGCGAGGACUGGUCACGAGGGUAGCACCUCGCACUCAGAGCUUCACAGGGGUGUCUGUGCUUCCGCCAACCCGUUGCACCCCUCGGUUCAAAGCAGUGAGGAAUGUGAACCAGUGAUGGGGGUGGUGGCGCAAGAAAAUUCCUCGGCAGCGUGGCGUAGCUGCUCGCGCACUUCCUCCAUUGUGACCGCAUCACACACCAGCGUAGGUGCAUUGGACUCUAGUCGCACGACGACGGCACACGCCUCCAUCAACGCCAGACCUGAGGUGCGCUCUUUGGCUGUCAUGUCGAACGUCGAGCUGGAGGCAAGUGGCGAGCUUGCGGAGCAUGUGCUUCACGUUCUCACCGCAGAUGACGUCGCUGAGGAGGUGAGUACCGCACUCCCAGGGAGUCCAUUUAAGCACACGCGUAUCUCGAUGCGCUUCUUCGCCGGACCAACAGCCCUCGAACAGCUCGAUAGAUUUCUUGACCGCGUUGCUGCGGCUCUGCAGAAGGAGACACACUCGCCCUCCCUGGUGAUGGCCAUGGACUUGCCGUCGCAGGCCUUCUACGCGCUUGCCGCCGCGCUCCUCGCGUUCCGGCUGCACGACAUGCGUGAGAUUCCUGUCAGGCCUCAUGAAAAGUCAAGAGCAGUGCCCGAAGGCUCCCCUGGCUCACAGCUCGGGGGCGCGCCGUGUGACGCACAUGUUUCGUUUCUCUCAGCGUUUCACAUCGUGCUAGAGGCGGCGCUGCCCACCCCUUCCGGUUCACGGACAGCGACGCAGUGCACAACAGUGCAGGUUGCUGUACAACACGUUUCACAUGUCAUCAACUGCGCGCCGCUACCGCAGCUAAACCUGCUUGCGCUUCUUUCCUCCGCGGUACAGGAGGCGGAAGCAGCAAUAGAGCCGUCACACGCCAUCGUUCGCGCAACCCAAUUGGCGGAGCAGUACGCGCUGCUGGUGCUGCUCGACUACUACCUGUGGUCCCCGCAGUCCAGCUUUACAGCGGCAGAGCCAUCGCUGGGCAGCCAGAGUGCCAUGGUGCGUAUGGUGGGCAACUGCGCGUUUGCCGCCUUUGUGAGCAGGGUGCCAGCCGCGCUCGAGUGGAUGGCGCACGUGGACCCGUGGAAGAUCUCAAGCCCAGACCCUUUGCACCUGCGGUACUCGAAUGCGCUGCGCCGCUGGGAUGAUAAGCACUACGUGUGCUUCGGCGCAUUCUAG